GACGGUCGCGGAGGGGAGGCGCGCCCCCUUUUCCCGCCCCCGGCAGCUCCAUGAGGGCCUGGCGCGCGCUGCGCCGGGCGGCCGCCGCCUCAUCCUCUUCCUCCUCAUCUUCUUCAUCUUCCUCAUCUUCAUCCUCCUCUUCUUUUCCUGCCGAUGGGAAGCCUCGUAGGCGGGCAUGGGAGACUUCGCUGUCGCCGCUGGAGCGGCUGAGGCGGCUGCUGCCGCCCGAGGAAGCGGCGGCGGUGGCGCGUGGCGCGGCGCCGGCAGUGCCGCAGCCGCCUCAGGUUUCCCCUGAGAAGGAGGAGAAGGAGGAGGUGGUGAUGGUUGCCCCCUGUCAAGCGCUGGCUGGCGUGGCGGGUCCGCGUCCCGGCCCUUUCCGCGCCGGGGAGCUGGCGCUGGCGGAGAUGCCGAGGAAGAACAACUGGACGCUGAAGGUGCUGUGCCGGCUGGCGGCGGAGGCGGUGCUGAGCAGCCCCGGCGGCCUCUUGCCCCACCGCGACAUCAUCGGGCAGCUGCCCGGGCUGAUGCUGCGCACGUCGGCCGGGAAGCGGCUGCUGCUGAGGCGGCCCUCGCUGGACGAGUAUGUGCUGCUCAUGCCGCGGGGAGCCACCAUCGCUUACCCCAAGGAUAUAACUGCUCUAUUAAUGAUGAUGGAUGUCCACCCCGGAGACACCGUGCUGGAAACUGGCAGCGGGUCUGGUGCUAUGAGCUUGUUUCUGUCAAGAGCAGUUGGGCCCAAAGGCCGUGUUCUGAGUUAUGAAAUCAGAGAGGAUCAUCAUAAUUUAGCUAAGAAGAAUUACAGGCACUGGCGCUCUGCGUGGGAAAUAGGACACACGGACGAGUGGCCAGAUAAUGUGCAGUUCAUUCUGAAAGACAUUUCAACAGCUGCUGCAGAUCUGAAAUCUGUAACACUUGAUGCAGUAGUUCUGGAUAUGCUGAACCCUCAGUGUGCUCUGCCUGUCGUACACUCAAGCCUGAAACAAGGUGGGGUGUGUGCUGUGUACUUGGCAAACAUCACACAGGUUAUUGACCUUUUAGACAGAAUACGGAGCUGCAAGCUUCCUUUUUUGUGUGAAAGGAUAAUUGAGGUAACUCACAGGAGCUGGUCAGUACUCCCUGCUAAACUCAAGCAUAACAAAUCAAGCCAAAUGGUGGAAACUCAAGAAAAUAUUGAAGAAACACCUCAAAAUGAAUAUGAAGAAAUCCAUAUUCAGGAUGAAGCAGUACUUAAGGAGAGCGAAUACAAUGGUAAGGACUUCACUGCUGAUGAGAUCCCCUAUUACUGCACUUUGAUAAUCCAGUGUAGGAAGAGGCAGUGCUUUUACCUAAGUCAGCUGAGAACAGGCAAGGACACCCUAGACCUUGUCAGGUUUAAAGAAGACUAUUAAUUGUUAUUUAAGUUAAAAUAUCCUACUAAAAACCUGGGCUAAAAAAAAUAAAUUUCAAUCUGCAAUAAAGAAUGACUGCCCUUCUACUACUGUUUUCAAAUUUUUGAUUUUGAAGAAAAUUCAGUUCUUUAUACUCACCCUAAAGCUGCUUUAGAGGACCCUGAUGGACUUAAGGAUUCCUUAGGAGAAACAGUGGCCAGUGAGCUCUGUUUUGAAAUUAUGCUGUUCUGGCAAAUCCAAAAAUGCUGCCAUAUAUAUAUGUUAUAUUUAUAUGACAAAGGUAAAUAUAUAUACAGUAUAGAUCUGCAAAAUGCAAAGACUGAUAGGUGACAAGAAAAAAAAGAAAACACAUCAGGGAAAAAUAUUACAUGUACAUUGUCUACUCUAGGCUGCAUGUAGGUCUUAAACUUGUGGGAACAAAA